GAGUCUGAUUGGGGCAUGAGUGUAGAGGAGGGGGGUGUACCAGGCCUGGGCCGUCACAGGCAGGCCCGUUGGACCCUGAUGCUACUCCUGUCCACUGCCAUGUACGGUGCCCAUGCCCCAUUGCUGGCACUGUGCCUUGUAGAUGGCCGAGUACCCUUCCGUCCCUCCUCAGCUGUGCUGCUCACUGAGCUGACCAAGCUACUGUUAUGCUCCUUCUCCCUCCUGGUAGGCUGGCAAGCAUGGCCUGCAGCGGGCCCACCCUGGCGCCAAGCUGCUCCUUUUGCACUAUCAGCCCUGCUCUAUAGCGCCAACAACAACCUGGUGAUCUAUCUACAACGUUACAUGGACCCCAGCACCUACCAGGUACUGAGCAAUCUCAAGAUUGGAAGCACAGCCUUCUUGUACUGCCUCUGCCUCCACCACCGCCUCUCUGCGCGCCAGGGGUUGGCACUACUGCUACUGAUGAUCGCAGGGGCCUGUUAUGCAGCAGGUGGCCUUCAAGACUCUGUAAACACCCUUUCAGGGCCCCCGCCAGCAGCUGCUGCAAGCCCCAUGCCCCUCCAUAUCACUCCCCUGGGACUGCUGCUCCUCAGCCUGUACUGCCUCAUCUCAGGCUUGUCCUCUGUGUACACAGAGCUGCUCCUGAAGCGACAGCGGCUACCCCUGGCACUGCAGAACAUCUUCCUCUACACUUUUGGUGUGCUCCUGAACCUUGGUCUUCAUGCAGGCAGUGGUCCUGGCCCAGGCCUCCUGGAGGGUUUCUCAGGAUGGGCAGCGCUCGUGGUGCUGAGCCAAGCACUCAAUGGGCUGCUCAUGUCCGCUGUCAUGAAGCAUGGCAGCAGCAUCACUCGCCUCUUUGUUGUGUCCUGUUCAUUGGUGGUCAAUGCUGUGCUCUCAGCAGCCCUGCUUCGACUGCAGCUCACAGCCACCUUCUUCCUGGCCACACUGCUCAUCGGCCUGGCUGUGCGCCUGUACUAUGGCAGCCACUAGCCCCUGACUAUCUCCAGUCACUUGCUUACCCUGUACAUUGGGUGCCACCACUAAAGCACCUCCCAGGCCUCCCCCAGCCUCUCUUCAGCAGCCCUGUAACAAGUGCCUUGUGAGAAAACCUGGGGAAGUGAGAGCAGCCAGGUUAGUCUGGAGGUGGUGGGUGAAGGGGUACCCCUAGGAGACAUAAAGAGUGCGUUUGGUUAAGAAAACCUUUUUUUUUUUUUUUUGGUACUGGGAAUUGAAUGCAGGACCUUGUGCUUGCCAGGCAGGCACUUGUGACACUGAGCUAUAUCCCCGGCCCAAGAAAACUUUUUAACUUGCCCACCACACCAACUUCUUCCAGACUGAACCGUGUCUCUAAUGUGGGAGGCCCCCUGUCUCAUCCUGCAUGAACACAGUUGCUUAAAGUAGGGUGUGGGCAGCAGGUAGCUUUUUUUGCCUGGCAGAACCACUGCCCCCAGGCAUGAUACUGGCUCCUUCAGCCCAGUCUUGGUGCAUGACUUUCCCCAAGGAAUAUUCAUGCCCCACUCAUGCAGCAAGGCUUACUUGCCACAAAUCACACAGCCAUCACCCAGGCCACUCUGCCAGGCUUCCCCAUAGCAGUGCCUGGAGACAUCUGCUGCCUCCACAGUGCUGCUUCCCACACCUAGCCUUUGGUCUGGAAACUCCAGAGGGGGCUGGGGCUUGACUUGUCUCAGGGAGUGUUGUCCCUGGGCCUUGGCUUAAGUCUACACUCUUGAGCACUCUUGAAACCCUCUGCCACCUCUAAGGAUCUUGGGAGGUACUGUCUUCCCAGUGUGGAGCCUGCCCCUGCCUAGUAGUGUCCCAGCUCCCAACAGUCUGGAGAGGCUCUGGACAGUGACCUGGGACCAGGUAAGGAAAGUUUGUAUGGCUCAAUCAGUGUCUCUAACUGCAUAAGCAAUAAAGUCUUAAUAAAGUGUUCUAGGGUAUAGGUGCUUCCUAAAACUGGUAA